GGGGUGAGAGAGAAACUCUUCUCCUCCCCUUCCAUGCGUUCUAGCUGAGCUUAUAAAAGAUAUCCAGUGCGGAUAAACCAUUAGUUCGAAACAACGAAGGGACAGAGCAUCGAGUUAAUCGCAUACAACGCACAGAAGAUGGAUGAGGAACAAGUCAAAAUGCUCAAGAGAGCCUUCUCCAUGUUCGAUUCGACAAAGUCGGGUCGGAUCGAGAAGGAAAAAGUAAGAACGAUCCUGAACACCCUGGGGCACACUUUCGAUGAUCACGAGCUGGAAGUGCUAUUGAAACAAGAGGAUGACGAAGGCAGCGGCAAAUUAAGUUUCGAUUCGUUCUACCGGGUGGCCAGCCACUUCCAAGAGGAGGACGACGAGGCUCUGCAAAAGGAACUGAAAGAGGCUUUCAGGCUGUACGAUAAGGAAGGCAACGGUUACAUUCCCACGAGUUCUUUGCGAGAAAUCCUUAUGGCUCUGGACGAUCAGAUAACUCCAGAUCAAAUGGACGGCAUGAUCGCUGAAAUUGAUACCGACGGCUCUGGUACCGUCGACUUUGACGAGUUCAUGGAGAUGAUGACCGGCGAUUAAACGACUCAUCGCGAACUCACCGUUUCGCGUGAAAGGAACUCUUGCAUUUUCUUUCUACGAUACUCCCGUUAAUCGUGGGCGAACGAGCGAUCCUCUGUCUCUCUUUCUCUUUUUCGAAAUUGAAAUUCCACCGGAGAGAAUAGAGCACGCGUUACUCGUUUGGGCCGAGCUUGGACACAAAGGAUUGCAGAGACUUUACUGGAUUCUAUCUUGCUCGUACCAUUUGUUCCCGCGUCAUGUAUCGGAAUCGUUAAUUGAACACUCGAUUAAACGCUAUCUUUCACGAUCGCA